UUGGACGACUGAAGACCGUGAAGUACGAGGAUUGGGACGACAAAGACGACCCACUACGGCUCCCCACUUGGGCUCACAAGUGGGAUGUGUUAAAUGAGACGACGGAUGAUCCCUCGGUCAUGUACAAGUUGUACAAGAGCGAGCUGGACGCGAUCACGCCUGAGCAGGUGGAAUGGGAGCCGUAUGGAAAAGGAGAGAGUUUUGGUAACCCUAUGGAGUUCAGGCUGAAUCCGAUGUGCACUAGGGAUAGGGAUCUCUGGCAUAUGCGGUGCCCACUGAUAUGCAACUGGGCGGUUGAGCUUCACCUGCCACAUCGGGUGUUCCGCCAGUUUGGUUUGUUCCAGCCACACCCGCCGGAGUGGGAGGACACGGACAAGUUGCUACACGCGUUGGAUAGGAAAAAGCAGCGGAAGAUCAAGGAUUGGGCCAACCAUCACAGGAAGUAUGUCGUACAGUUCGCGCUUAGUGUGGAGCAAGCAAGGGCUGGAAAACGAGCCCAGCUUCGUGAGCACUGCCCGAUCGCGUUCAACAACUAUCUCACAUGGUUUCUUGCAAGUACCCGCGUGGAGGUAUGCAAGCCGGCGUAUGCUGAGGAGAUUCUGGAAGAACCCACCAUUUUUGAUGAGGUAGCCCAGCACCAGUACAACGCAUUAGUCAGGAAAGGCAACUCAGUGAUCCCUUCAGCUCCAAUGAUGAACUUUGUGCGUGCCCAGAUCAAGAAAGCAGCUGAUGAGACCGAGACGAUUCUGGAAACAACCCCGGAUGGCAAAAGCGAUGGGGAAGGUGCACUUCGAGCAUUCAUUAAGCGCCAGGGCCAAAAGUUAAGGCGGCUAUCAAACCUUUUCGGUUGUCGUGACCCCGAGUAUGUAUCACCAGAACGGUCUAGGUCGGCGACACCAUCAGAUCCCGCUUCGGGGCAGGGCCAUGGUGAACCUUUGGAGGAUGUGGAUGUGGGUGUGGUCACCCAAGAGGUAAUGAAAAUUAAGCAGACAAUGUCAGGAGACUCGAAAGAAGGCUUGUCCAGCUUCCAUGACCUGUCAGAGCACUAUUAUUCCCUAGACGCCGCAGAUGAUUCCAUAGUUGGAGAAAGCAGCUGCACAUGA